CAAUUACACACAUUUAUCUGAUAUCAUUAGGAAACAUAUCAACGAAUUAUUUUCAAAACACGUCUAAAUAACAUUUUUAUGAACUUGAUACGUCAUUGGAAUGCAAACUACGGUGACAUUUAACGCUGUACUGUAAUCACUUGAAUUGUACAUUAAAGGAUUUUCAAUAUUUAACAAUUCCAAAGAAAUAUACCAAUCAAAAUUCUGAAUAUUAUUUCUUCAAAUUCGUAUGAAAAUUCGAUAAAAAUAGAAGAAAAUCCCUAAAGUAACGUCUCAGGGAUUUCAUCAUUUGAUCGGCUUUGAGAGCAUUACAACUAGGGCAUCACAACGUACAAACAGGUAUAACGUCAUAAUCUACUACCGGAAGUGACGUAAGUCAACAGAUUUAAUAGUUAGAAAUGCAACGACAGCCACUAUGAUGACGCGAUUUCUAAUGUAACAUAUACCAAUCACGUCAUCUGUCCUGCCUAUCCUUAACUAUGUCCAUCAUGUGAAAUUAGAAUAUUUACAGUGAAUGGAGACAUUAUCAUUAUACUAUUUCAAGUACGCAUUUUGUUGGUUUAGUGGAAGGAGUAUGAUCGUAGACAAUUUUAUUUACUGUGGUUUAAAAAGAAUAAACCAUCUCGUUGACUACAAUUGUGGCCGCCCUUAAUAAAUUGUAUUGAGCUUUUAUUAUGUCGGAAAGCAAAACCAUAUCAUUGUUUCUAAUAAAUGGACUACGGUGCGACCACUAACCACUAACCAAUUCAAUCGUUUCAAAUGUGGUUUAAACAUUAUUUCUUGCUGUAACUGCAUUGGUAUGAUUUCGUAUAGUUAGACUGUGGAGCCACCAGUCAUGCUAUCAGUGACCAAUUCAAUCGUUUCAAAGAUGGUUUAGAAAGUGUUUCGAACAAAGUGAUGCCCUUUUUGGACUCAAUGGAGAGUGGAGUUGAAGGAGUUUUGGAUGUUGCUUCAGACGCAUGUCACGGAUUGAAAGAUCUGGGAAACGGAUUAAUAAAUUUUGUUAAUUCUCACGAUCCGAAUGAUUUAGUUGGGCCAGUUGGUUAUGGAGCAGCAAGGUUUAUUUCCAACAACACAGAAAUGACUUACAAAAUUCAGUUUGAAAAUGAUGCAAAUGCUUCAGCACCGGCACAGAGGGUUUUCAUAGAAAUGAAACUAGACAGAAAAUUGGAUUCAAGAACGUUUCGACUGAGAGGGUUUGGAUUCGGAAGUUAUCAGAAAGAGAUGAAUGCCAGGCAAUCGGUGAUACAGGAAAAAAUUGAUAUGACAGAAGACCUUGGGAUUAUUGUUGCAUUAAGAGGAGGAUUAGACAUUGUCAACAAUAAAGCUUCGUGGAUAUUCCAAGCAAUUAAUGCCAGCACAGGAUUGCCGCCAUCAGAUCCAUCCGUCGGAUUUCUACCCCCCAACAACGGAACAACAGGACAAGGAUUCGUGACUUUCUCUAUCAGACCAAGUUCUGACGUCAAAUCUUUGGAUAAGAUCACUGCUAAAGCGGCCAUUAUAUUUGAUCAAAAUGAACCAAUAGAUACACCUGAGGUCUUCAAUACUAUUGAUGAUACUGUACCUUACAUCCGAAACUUAACUGUAGACGAGGAGAUGCUCAAGUCUGGAUCACUGGUUUUAAAUCUAGACGUCACAGACGAUGAAAGUGGGCUGGAUUAUGUUAACAUCAUGUUGCAGUCAGAGUUUGGAUACACCUCUCUCCUGGAUGACGUCAGAGAAAAGGCAGUUGUACUUCCUGUCACGCCAGGACAAAAUCACACUUUUGCUAUUCUCCCUGUAGAUAUGAUUGGCAAUGUCCAGAAUCUGCAAUUAGCAGGAUCAGAAUAUUUUUACACGGUAUAUACCCCUGUACCAGAAGUGCGAUGUGAUGAGGUGAAUAAUUGCUCUGGCAAUGGUCAAUGUCUGGAAAUAAACUACUGUUUGUGCAGAGACGGUUUCUACGGAAUAGACUGUAGUAGGACAUCACCACCAUUAGAUCCGCCAGUCCUUGAUGUUUUCUUUGGUACACAAAACAAUAUCACAGUCCCUAUGCAUAUCCUGUCAUCAACAACCUCCAGCAGAAAGGAUGCUCAUAUAAUCAUUAAAUGCACAGGUUUUCCCCCUCACUCUUACUUCUCAGCUGGUAGUGUCAUAGGGGACACCUUAUAUCUAGCAGCAGGCGAUUUCGGAGACAUUCUCUAUAUCCCACCUGAUAACUACGUCAACAAUUUCACCCUAAAUAUAACAACUCUUGUUUUCAUCGAAAGUACAUCAGAAUUCAUUGAAAGAAAAACCAGCAGGUUCAUAGAAGUGGAAGAGGCAGUCAGUCCUGAAGAACGUCGACAGUACUUAAGAACAUACUUGAGAACUACAAAAGCACCACCUACCAGUACUUUAGAAUUGUUAACCAAAAUCAAAACAUCAAAUAUAACGCAGAUUCAAAACUUUGCGACUCGAAAUCCAUCAACGCUAUCGCCCAAGUCCGUGUCCCUAUCCAGCCACGCGUCCUCUACAGCACCGCCAUCAACCAAGCCAGCAUCAGCAGGAAACACCACUGUUACCGCAUCAUCCACAACAAUGGCGCCUACAAAGACAGCGGUAGAAAAAACGAGUGGCGUAUCGGCUGUGAAGCAGUCAGUGAUUGCGGGAAUAGCUUCUUCUCUCGGGGUUUUGUUCAUCCUAACCAUUUUGAUAGUUUUCAUUCGUGGAUGUAUGAAUAGUAAGAGUGAGCGUAUUCACCAGAGAAUAGUGGAACCACACACGCGAGGGUGCGAGGAUAACCAUGGGAUCGAGGAAGCGGAAGACGAAACAGGGAUGUGAAUGACCAAAUUAUUAUGUGAACAAAUUCAAGACAUUUAACAAUUGUGUAUCAUUUUCUAAUUCUAAUAUUUCACGUGGGGAAAAUAUGAUUUAUGUAUAUUUGUCUCCAUUUUAUAGGACUAGAUUUCGUUUGGAUGCUUUGUAUGUGCUUUGCGUUUUUUUAUUUCCUUUCUGAGAUGCAGGAUUCGCGUACUAAUAUAUACAGCUUAUGUAAGUAUAGAUGUAGGAUUCGUGUACUAAUAUAUACAGCUUAUUUAAGUACAGAUGUAGGAUUCGUGUACUAAUAUAUACAGCUUAUUUAAGUAUAUAUGUAGGAUUCGUGUACUAAUAUCUACAGCUUAUUUAAGUAUAGAAUUUUUGAAAGUGUGAUAUUUCAAAUAGAAAUACUGUAUGCUGCAUAAACAUAUUAUCAUUAUACUACCGUCCCAUUUCCUUUUCUGGUUUUUUUCCUUUAAUUGUGCAAUAAUAGCAGGAAUAGGAAAAUGGAAUAAUAUUACUUCACAUGCUUAAAUUGUAUUACUACUGCACACUGUAUAGCAGAUAAUAAAAUGUUUCCCACACUUGAA